AAAACAAGAUUCUUAAAUUAAAUCAAAGUAUCAUGAGGAUAAGUAAAGUAGCGAUGGAUGGAAUAAAAUUAGCAAAACGCGCUUUCCGUAAUGAAGUGCAAGAUGUAAUCAACAGAAUAAGUAAUGAAGAAAAAGCGCGACAAUCUAAUGCUGUUUAUAAUAAGUUAAUUGCUUUACCAGAGUUCAAAUCAAGUAAAAGAGUAUCAAUAUACUUGAGCACUGACAAUGAAAUCAAUACAAUACCAAUUUUGGAGCAUUUAUUUAAAUUUAACAAACAGGUGUUUGUUCCUAAGUAUGAGGGUAAAAGUAUGAUGAUGGUCAAGUUAUAUACGAUGAACGAUUAUGAUAAAUUGCCUCUUACUAAAUGGAAUAUUAAACAACCUGCUACUGAUGAUACUACACGAGAAGAUGCUUUAAAAACAGGUGGACUGGAUUUAAUAAUUUUACCAGGCGUUGCAUUUACUAAAACUGGUAAGUUAUAUCAAUGAAAAUAAAAUAUUACAAGUAACUAUGUACAACAAGAGUGAUUUUAUGCUAUUCAGAAUAAUUUUAUUAUUAUU